GCUCAGUGCCAGGCGGGAGGCGGCAGCGGUUGGAGGCUUCGCCAGGCUUUGCAGCGGGGACUUCGGCGGCGGCGGCGGCGGCGGCGGCGCCUCAGGCUCCUCGGCCCUGACACGAUGAGGCGAGUGGUACGACAGAGCAAGUUUCGGCAUGUAUUUGGACAAGCAGUGAAAAAUGACCAGUGCUACGAUGACAUCCGAGUUUCUCGUGUGACCUGGGAUAGUUCCUUUUGUGCUGUUAAUCCCAGAUUCGUUGCCAUAAUCAUAGAAGCGAGUGGGGGUGGAGCAUUCCUGGUGCUCCCUUUACACAAGACUGGUCGAAUUGACAAAUCCUACCCUACUGUGUGUGGUCACACAGGACCAGUGCUGGAUAUAGACUGGUGCCCGCACAACGAUCAGGUCAUUGCCAGUGGUUCAGAGGACUGCACGGUUAUGGUAUGGCAGAUCCCGGAAAAUGGACUUACCCUCUCCCUGACUGAACCUGUGGUGAUUUUAGAAGGCCACUCGAAGAGAGUUGGCAUCGUGGCCUGGCAUCCGACAGCCCGCAACGUGCUCCUCAGUGCAGGCUGUGACAAUGCCAUCAUCAUCUGGAAUGUGGGGACAGGGGAAGCCCUUAUAAACUUGGACGAUAUGCAUUCAGACAUGAUCUAUAACGUGAGCUGGAACCGGAAYGGCAGUCUGAUCUGCACAGCUUCCAAAGACAAGAAAGUGCGAGUGAUCGAUCCCAGGAAGCAAGAGCUUGUUGCUGAGAAGGAGAAGGCCCACGAGGGAGCCAGGCCCAUGAGAGCCAUCUUCCUGGCUGACGGCAACGUCUUUACCACUGGGUUCAGUCGCAUGAGUGAGCGGCAGCUGGCACUCUGGAAUCCCAAAAACAUGCAGGAACCAAUUGCUCUUCAUGAAAUGGACACUAGCAAUGGGGUUUUGCUGCCUUUCUAUGAUCCUGACACCAGUAUCAUUUACUUAUGUGGAAAGGGAGACAGCAGUAUUCGAUACUUUGAGAUCACGGAUGAAUCCCCAUAUGUCCACUACCUCAACACAUUCAGCAGCAAGGAGCCUCAGAGAGGCAUGGGUUACAUGCCCAAGAGAGGACUCGACGUUAACAAAUGUGAAAUUGCCAGAUUCUUCAAGCUGCAUGAGAGAAAGUGUGAGCCCAUUAUCAUGACUGUUCCCAGGAAGUCUGAUCUUUUCCAAGAUGACCUGUACCCAGACACGGCAGGCCCCGAGGCUGCGCUGGAGGCAGAAGAGUGGUUUGAGGGGAAGAAUGCUGACCCAAUCCUCAUCUCCUUGAAGCACGGCUACAUUCCAGGCAAAAACAGGGAUCUCAAAGUGGUCAAGAAGAACAUUCUGGACAGCAAGCCCACUGCAAACAAGAAGUGUGACCUGAUUAACGUCCCCAAGAAGACCACGGACACAACUAGUGUGCAAAACGAAGCCAAGUUGGAUGAAAUUUUAAAAGAGAUCAAAUCUAUAAAAGACACAAUCUGCAAUCAAGAUGAGCGUAUUUCCAAGUUAGAACAGCAGAUGGCGAAGAUAGCAGCCUGAAGGUUCCUCCCACCCUCCGGAACCUGGGAGUGAGAACUUGGGCUUUGGUAGCUGGUUGUUGGUGUGGUCCGAGGGAGGGUGGAGGGGGAGGCACUGCCAUUGGGAGACAUUCCAUUUCAGAGUUGUCAACCAGCAGCGAUAGGCCACAUUCCAGUAAGAACUCGAGCAACUCCCAAAUUUGCAAAAAAAAAAAAAAAAAAAAAAAGGAGAAAAGGAAAAAAAAAGCUGAGCUUUUUAUCAGAAAGCUUUUUUGAUGUUUUAAGUGUUAUGUGACUUUUUGAACUCUUAAAGACAAAAGUGCUACUUUUAAAAUCCCAGAUAUUCUGAAUUUUAGAAAACAAACCAAUUCCAAUUCAGUGUCAUGCCCAAGUACUUUUUUUUAAAUGAAUAGGGACCAAUGCCACAUUGCUUUUUAUAUUUCUUUCUUUUUUUUAAUGUUGCCAAAACCAAAAGUAGCUUUUUUUCUUUAUAUUUUGCUACUUCGCAGUAUUUGUGUGUGAUUUUUUUUCCUUAAUUUGAAAGGGACAGCACUGUGUAUGUUUAUAAACUAGAUGAAGAUAUUAUUUUGUAUAAACAUUCAUCUGAGAACAAUCAGAGCAGUAGCCACUGGCAGCACAAGCCUGGUCAUCUUAAUGACUGCGGAAGGAAGACUUGAAGAAUCAUGUGGACCUUCUCACUACCCUCUCAUUCCGUUGAGUCUUCUGAUGCAAAAAAGUGUACAUCGUAUCUCUUCCUUUCUUUCCUUUCUCUUUUCUAGAAAUUGGGUGGUUGUACCAGAAUGGAAUUUUGCUUCUUGAUUCUGUGCUUCAGAUGAUUAUAAUCUAACC